AUGUCAAACAAAGACCCUCCCCCGCCUCCAGCUCCUCCCUCUGGCCCAUUCACAGUCUACUCCAGCGCCGCGAAGCAGGGUGGCACGGGCUCAGUCAAGACUCUAACAGCAAAAACAAACAUCGACAAUUUCGUCCGUCCGCAUGGCAGCCCCUUGGGAUCUGGUGUUCAGUUCUGCGCCCACAUUCUUGUAACGACAUUUGGUUCUGAGGGCAAUCCGGGUUUACCACCUGUGUCCAAGGUCCCCGUACCUGGGUUGAAGGAUACUGGCAGUCUUCUGUACAUGGGCCUCGACCCAACGACCACGCCCGUCACGGCGUCUGUGAAGGAACUCUUCGCCUUCGCUGGGCUGAAGUCACCGCCUCUCUCUGAGUUUGCGCUUUGGGGUGUCACGCUGCGUGUAUCAAGCGAUCCAGCCAAGCCGAUUCGUAACGCGCUUUUAUACAGCCCACCCAACUACGAUCAGACCAUUCUCCGUCUGCAGUUCAGUCUCAGUGACGCAGACAGAGCCACCUUGCAAAGCUACAUUGCCAAAGCACUUCCAUCCCUCGAGUUCAGAAAUGUGGAUUUCAUCUGCCGCCGCACCAUCACCGGUAUGACUACAGGUGGCAAGAUAUCAGCUUCCGCCCAAGGUGAAGUCCUGAUCGAGACAGAGUGUCAUCUUUUGCCCAAAGGCCACGAUCUUCAGAUCAGAGCGGGAAUCAGCAUUUUCCAUGACCAGUACCAUCUAACGUUCCAGCUCGACGAGCAGAUCAAAGGUCACUCUGCCCUGGGAGACAUACUGGCCUGGCUUGCAGAGUGUAUUGGGCUUCAGUCCGAUGACUUCAAUUUUGUGAUAGACAUGCUUAUGCAGCAGGAUGGAAAGGCCUUUGGGGAUGCGCUGGAGUUGCGCCGGAUCCAGAUUGCUCUCGGUACUGAUGACGGCGGCAAGACAACCAAGUUGAUGUCUUUUAGUGUCGACAUUCAGGCCACGGCAACAUUUGGGCAUGAGAAUGGCCCUGAUGGCAAGCCCAAGGACGCAGACCCCGUUGUCUUUCUGCUCACGAACUUGGCGCCUGGGUUCGAGGAAAUCAACUCUCUCGUCCCCAUUCUCGUCAAAGUCCGCAAGACCAUCAGCAUCCCGGGCCUCAUCCCAGGCUUGAACAUCGAGAACGUGCCACACAAUAUCCCCACUGAUAUCAGCAGAGCCUACGUCGUGCUCAACCAAAGCAGUAUAGCGGUGGGCGGUACUGUCCAAUCGCUGGAUUUUACCUCCCAAGAUAAGGACUACCCCGUACCACAGCUUAAUCUUGGAUGGGUCAGCAUCGACGCUUCGUACAAUUGGGCCAAAGGGGCAACAUCUCCUCUCAACGUCAAGGCCUCCUUUCUCGCCGAGCUCAGGCCGUCCAAGAAUGCCACACACAAGGAGCCUGCCACGCUCGUGGGCGCCAUGAAGCCAUCGAACACGGACCCCGAUGCAACUGGAGAAGCAGAUCACGUUCUCCCGCUCAUUGAGGCCAUCGAGAUUGAAAGCAUGAAGCUCACUUACGUCUAUGACAAGACGCCUACUACGGGAGACCAAGUUGUUGGCAGCUCAUUCACCUUUGACGGAAUUUUGAAUGUCUCUGAUUUGCAGCUCAAACUUCAUUUCUCGUAUGAGAAGAAGGCCUUUGAGUUCCGAGCAACGUUACAUGCCGGAUCGGCGACAACCAUUGGGAAGAUCAUCGAAGAUCUCGUCGGAGAUGGCAUCGACGUUCCAGAAUUCUUUACGAUGCCAAACUAG